UCUUCAUUUCUCUCUCUUUCUGCUCUUUAUCGAAGGUGCCAAAUAAUAAAAGUAAGUACCAUGGGAGCAUACAAAUAUCUUGAAGAACUGUACAAAAAGAAGCAGUCGGACCUUCUUCGUUUUCUUCUGCGUGUACGAUGUUGGCAAUACCGCCAGCUCAAUGCUAUCCAUCGAGCAUCCAGGCCCACUCGACCAGACAAAGCCAGACGGCUUGGGUACAAAGCUAAGCAGGGUUAUGUUGUCUACCGGGUUCGGAUACGCCGUGGUGGUCGCAAGAGGAAAGUGCCUAAGGGUAACACACAUGGAAAACCUGUCCGACAGGGUGUUAACAAACUGAAGUUCCAAAGAAGUCUUCGCUCUGUAGCUGAGGAAAGAGCUGGACGAUACUGUGGUGGACUUCGUGUUCUCAAUUCCUACUGGAUAGCCCAGGAUUCCACGUUCAAAUUCUUUGAGGUCAUCCUGGUUGACCCAGCCCACAACGCCAUCCGUCGUGACCCAAGGAUCAACUGGAUAUGCAAAGCAGUCCAUAAGCAUAGAGAGCUCAGAGGUCUCACUGCUGUCGGACGCAAGAAUCGUGGCAUCCGAAAGGGCCAUCUGUACAACAAGGUUCAAGGUGGUUCCCAUCGUGCCAACUGGAAGAAGCACAACUCACUCUCAUUGCGGCGAUAUCGUUAGAUUUUGUACAAAAUGAUUGUGAAAUAAAUUAUGAUCUCAUAG